GCUCCGGCCGCUUGAGGAAACAUUGAGCGAAAGGUGGUUUCGACUGCCAGCGCUACGCACUGCACAACCAACAAAUCCUCCGCUUUUUAUUUCGCGGUGGGGGUAAUAAACACCGGGGCAAGGCGAAUGGAUGUUACGGCCAACAUGGUGUAAAGGCAGCGACUUGGAUCAUUUGAAGGAAGGAAUUGUGCGGCGGUGGAAUCGAAGCCCGAGCGUGUGAGACGUGAAACAGCAGGUCAAAAAGUCGAAGUGGCCGUGAAAUGGCUGACGGAGGCAAGAGCAGUUGGUGGAAGACGAUGACCAUGAAAAAGAAGCCGAAGGAGUUGACGGACAAGCAGGAGAGCGUGCAGUUCUCCACAGACAAAACAGCGGCCCGGGAAAAUAAACACCCCAACUUGAUGGAGGAGAAAGAAUACUUGGACCCCAAACUGGAGAAAGGCUUUAAUGAGAAAAACACGCGCAGGAACCUGAAAAUCUCCCGCUCCGGACGGUUCAAGGAAAAGCGCAGGGUCCGAGCCACUCUGCCCGACAGCCCCAAGUUUUUUGAAGGGACGGCGACUGGAAAUGCAAAGGAUGAAAACUAACGCACAAUCCUGUUUCUGGGGCAUCGACAUAAACACUUGUCAACAGACACUAAUGGCAAAUUUUGCAGCCCUUAAUAUAGGGGUAAUAUAAGAUAGGGAAAACCUGAAAUUAAAGUGUCAAUUUAUUUUACUUUGAAUAUUUCAUGAAUAAUGUGUUAAAUAUUUAUUUGUUGUAAUCUAGAUACCUAUUGUAGAUAGAUAGAUUUUUAUGGCUACUGUAUUAUUUUCCCCAUCGUCCAUCGCAGGUUCGAACCGCAGACCAGCUCUUGUCCUGGGCCAGACGUGUAUUUUGGGGGCGAGGGGAGGGAAGUAAUUCUUAAGCAAAUUUUGUUUUUGUGGCUUUGAUAAGCAAGGUCAACUUUUGAUCUGAGCAGUUGUUCGUUUGAAAUGAAAAGGAGAUUUUUUUAAAUAAAAAAAGAAA